AUGAACAUGGAGGAUAUGGUCACAGUCGUCGCCGUCGCCUCCGAGAUGGACUCCCGUACCGGCAGCACAGAUCUCGGCCCCGUGUUUCACUUCGGCGAAGCUGGCGAUCACUCCCCCUUCUUCGACCCCGCCUUCGGUUCCUUGAUUUUCUUUGACACAUUCCACACGGCCUCCGACCGGCGAGACUACCCACUUGGCCCCGGACCAAGUGCUUAUUCUGCGCUUGUGCCGUCGAACCAUGCCUCCUUUGAUACCCAGUUCCACGGCCCCGGGACCAAGAUCAUCGCGGCCCGAAAUAGCGACCACAACCCCGGCAACCCACAGUCUUAUCCCGAUGCGCCGCCUACCAUCUACGCCGAGGGUCAACGAGCGGACAUUUACGACUUUGAGUACCUCGAGUCGAAUGUCGGCCCACCAUUUGGAGGAGGCCCAAUCAUCGGCCAGACAACUCACCUUCCUCAAUUGGAAGGUCCGUACAGCAAUUGCGAUGGCUUCUUAAGUCCGGAUCUGAACUCAUCCUUCGGCCCUCUGGCUCAUGCUCUCUCUAAUGGAUACCAUACCGGAUCCAGCUCCGACUCCAGCCCCGGCCCCGACAGUCCAGUCCCAACUCUACUGGGAGUCUCUCCGUCGACCGAAGUCCGGCAUAGGAUCAAUCCUAAUUCAGCCUUUGACCUCGAUACAUCACGUCGUCCCUCGAUAGCCAGUACCGAAAUCAAAUUCGAGCACAAUACCGGAGCUAGUCCAUCGCCGCGACCGCCGAACCGCAAAGGAGCAGCCAAGAACUCGGCAGGUUCGCUUGAGAUCAUCUUGUAUAAGCCGAGUGGGAAGCCAGAUGGACGGCUCUCCAAGAAACGCCCUGCCUUUGACGAGGUCACCACUGGGAGCAGUACGCCCCAGACCCUCCGUCGAAUAUCGCUGGAAGAUGAGAGUGGCCAGGUGAAGGCUACCAUGACUACGUUUGGGAAACGCCCCAGAAUCCGGACUCCUUUUGACGAAGAAAAACGCCGACGCACAGCCCUCGCUCGGAAGGAAGGUGUAUGUGCGCGAUGCAAGAGGUCAAAGAGACAGUGUGAUCUCGCCGCCAAAGGCCUCUAUGUCAGCUGUACCCUGUGCACGUGCACCAAGAUCUACAAGAAUGUCCCUCGCAUGCCUUGCUUCCGAUCCACCUUGGUCGACAUCAUGUUCUUCCGUGCCGGUCCUGCAGCCAACGAGCCAUUGUUCACCAGACGUCUUGUCGAGUUUAAGCUCGAAGAUAUUUCCGCCCCCGAUGUCCCUGUCCGUACGCUGAAACUUAGUCAAAGAAUGGGUCACCAUCGUUUGACCGUGUAUGCCUCCGAGUUCAAGCCAGAGCCCACCGAUAAACUCUCGUAUUACUGGAAAGAUUCAGCCGGAAUGAUUCACGAGAUGAAGAUACCACCGUUUACCCUCACCAAUCUGAACAAAGUUCACGCCCAUUUCCGGCAAUACAUUGACGCCGCCAAAGGGUCCUAUCUCGAAUCGUUGAGGGGUCAGCAGGAUGACGGUUUGACUUGGAAGACUGUUUCAACGGCAAUGGAAUAUGCACGGAGAAAACCGGACUCUCUCGUUGCCGAUACUCUCGAUAUGUGGGCCGUUUCCCGAAUGAUCGAAAUCCCAUGGGAGAUAUGCGGAGAAUGGACAGACACGCUCGGCAUGUCACCGGUCCAGAAUCCUGAGAACCCACACAAGGGCAAGAUCCCGAUCCCACCGAUCAUGGACACGCUUCUUGAUCAGAUUGUCAUCAGGCAGUUUCUGCAGCCGUUGCGUGAACGGGUGAUCAAGAAGUUCGAGCAGCUGAUCAGCCCAGCACGGCCGGAAGUGUGGUUCGAAGUGUACCUGUCUGCUUUUAUCAUCCUCAACCACAUUGAGAGACUGGCUAAACAUUCGGCAUCCCAUGCGAGACUCCACAGCAUGCCGACCAAGUACUCCAACACUUCGUUCCUCGAAGGGGCAUUUCACACCGCCAAGGUCAUCCUCUCGCGCUUCCACUUUGUGUGCAACGGGUCUGCGCCCCUGCGGCUGGACUGGAAGAAGGAGAAGACUGCAGAGCUGGCCAAGCUGCAGCCGAAGGAGGUUGCUCUGAUGGAGGAGACACAGGCCAUCAUACGACGCAAAGAGAAUGAUGUUUUGAGCCUGCGAAAGACGCACCAGUACGAAAGUCCACUCUACUGGUGCCAUCAGCUGUAUUUUGAGGACUGGGACACCUCCCCGGUGCAUAUUGUCGGGGAAUGA